CUGUCUGUUUCCAUUUCUAAUUAGCACUUAUAAUACCAAUUACUGUAAGGAGCCCAUUUUCCAUCACAGGGAUCAAUAUCCACUAUAAGACAGUAACUCACUGCUCUCCACACACUAGUUUUGCUCUAUUGUGUACCUGCUCUCCCAGAUACCAGACAACAGGGUCUGUUUACAAGUUAUCUUAACUCCUCAUUUUUGGUUAGGCAUUGCCAUCUUCCUGCAGUCACAUGACUCCAGCCCGAACCCGGAAGUCAAUCCGGCAGUCACGUGAGACACGGGGAGCCAUGUGAUGCCCUGCACGACAUUGGUUUGCUGCGCGGGCUGGGCGUGGUGGCAUGGAGCUGCUGGCCGGGCUACUGGCUGUUCUACGGAGGCAACCGAGGGACCGAGAGCGAGCCCGGGUCAUGGAGGAGCGAGCCCUGGAGGUGUAUGGUAAGUUACCGGGCGGGUUCACACUGUGACUUGCUGUACAUUGUCUGUAGGGGGACAGGUGACAGCUGAUCGGGGGACAUUUGGUGACAUUUCAAGCUGUCUGUACCUGGCCUGCUACGAUACAGGUGGCAAUAGACUUGUCUGUACCUGACCUCGUGGGAUUUAACUGCCCUAUACAAGAGGCCAUGCCAGCCCAUGUGGUAUGCUUAGCUAUGUUAUAAAUGCCCUAUGGGAAAGGAAAUCAUAAUGCUCCUCUUAGCAUGCAGGCACCCCUGGCUAUGCAGUUAGCUGCCAUAAUGGUGUAUGGCUAUCCCUGGGUAUGCAGUUAGCUGUCAUGGUGGGGCAUGGCUAUCCCUGGGUAUGCAGUUAGCUGUCAUGGUGGGGCAUGGCUAUCCCUGGCUAUGCAGUUAGCUGUCAUGGUGGGGCAUGGCUAUCCCUGGGUAUGCAGUUAGCUGUCAUGGUGGGGCAUGGCUAUCCCUGGCUAUGCAGUUAGCUGUCAUGGUGGGGCAUGGCUAUCCCUGGCUAUGCAGUUAGCUGUCAUGGUGGGGCAUGGCUAUCCCUGGCUAUGCAGUUAGCUGCCAUGGUGGGGCAUGGCUAUCCCUGGCUAUGCAGUUAGCUGCCAUGGUGGGGCAUGGCUAUCCCUGGCUAUGCAGUUAGCUGCCAUGGUGGGGCAUGGCUAUCCCUGGCUAUGCAGUUAGCUGCCAUGGUGGGGCAUGGCUAUCCCUGGCUAUGCAGUUAGCUGCCAUGGUGGGGCAUGGCUAUCCCUGGCUAUGCAGUUAGCUGCCAUGGUGGGGCAUGGCUAUCCCUGGUAUGCAGUUAGCUGUCAUGGUGGGGCAUGGCUAUCCCUGGCUAUGCAGUUAGCUGUCAUGGUGGGGCAUGGCUAUCCCUGGCUAUGCAGUUAGCUGUCAUGGUGGGGCAUGGCUAUCCCUGGGUAUGCAGUUAGCUGUCAUGGUGGGGCAUGGCUAUCCCUGGCUAUGCAGUUAGCUGUCAUAAUGGAGUAUGGCUAUCCCUGGCUAUGCAGUUAGCUGUCAUGGUGGGGCAUGGCUAUCCCUGGGUAUGCAGUUAGCUGUCAUGGUGGGGCAUGGCUAUCCCUGGCUAUGCAGUUAGCUGUCAUGGUGGGGCAUGGCUAUCCCUGGCUGCAGUUAGCUGUCAUGGUGGGGCAUGGCUAUCCCUGGCUAUGCAGUUAGCUGUCAUGGUGGGGCAUGGCUAUCCCUAUCCCUGGCUAUGCAGUUAGCUGUCAUGGUGGGGCAUGGCUAUGCAGUUAGCUGUCAUAAUGGAGUAUGGUAUGCAGUUAAAUGUCAUGGUGGGGCAUGGUGGCUAUCCCUGUCUAUGCAGUAAGCUGCCAUAAUGGUGUAUGGCUAUCCCUGGCUAUGCAGCUAGCUGCCAUAAUGGAGUAUGGCUAUCCCUGGCUAUGCAGCUAGCUGCCAUAAUGGAGUAUGGCUAUCCCUGGCUAUACAGUUAGCUGUCAUAAUGGAGUAUGGCUAUCCCUGGCUAUGCAGUUAGCUGUCAUAGUGGGGCAUGGCUAUCCUGGCUAUGCAGCUAGCUGCCAUAAUGGAGUAUGGCUAUCCCUGGCUAUACAGUUAGCUGUCAUAAUGGAGUAUGGCUAUCCCUGGCUAUGCAGUUAGCUGUCAUGGUGGGGCAUGACUAUCCCUGGCUAUGCAGUUAGCUGUCAUAAUGGAGUAUGGCUAUCCCUGUCUAUGCAGUAAGCUGCCAUAAUGGUGUAUGGCUAUCCCUGGCUAUGCAGCUAGCUGCCAUAAUGGAGUAUGGCUAUCCCUGGCUAUACAGUUAGCUGUCAUAAUGGAGUAUGGCUAUCCCUGACUAUGCAGUUAGCUGUCAUGGUGGGGCAUGGCUAUCCCUGAAUAUGCAGUUAGCUGUCAUGGUGGGGCAUGGCUAUCCCUGGCUAUGCAGUUAGCUGUCAUGGUGGGGCAUGGCUAUCCCUGGGUAUGCAGUUAGCUGCCAUAAUGGAGUAUGGCUAUCCCUGGCUAUGCAGUUAGCUGUCAUAAUGGAUUAUGGCUAUCCCUGGCUAUGCAGUUAGCUGUCAUGGUGGGGCAUGGCUAUCCCUGGGUAUGCAGUUAGCUGUCAUGGUGGGGCAUGGCUAUCCCUGGCUAUGCAGUUAGCUGUCAUGGUGGGGCAUGGCUAUCCCUGGGUAUGCAGUUAGCUGUCAUGGUGGGGCAUGGCUAUCCCUGGCUAUGCAGUUAGCUGUCAUAAUGGAGUAUGGCUAUCCCUGGCUAUGCAGUUAUUAUGCAGUUAGCUGUCAUGGUGGGGCAUGGCUAAUUUCGCAUGCAGUUAGCUGUCAUGGUGGGGCAUGGCUAUCCCUGGGUAUGCAGUUAGCUGUCAUGGUGGGGCAUGGCUAUCCCUGUCUAUGCAGUAAGCUGCCAUAAUGGUGUAUGGCUAUCCCUGGCUAUGCAGCUAGCUGCCAUAAUGGAGUAUGGCUAUCCCUGGCUAUGCAGUUAGCUGUCAUAAUGGAGUAUGGCUAUCCCUCACUAUGCAGUUAGCUGUCAUGGUGGGGCAUGGCUAUCCCUGGAUAUGCAGUUAGCUGUCAUGGUGGGGCAUGGCUAUCCCUGGGUAUGCAGUUAGCUGUGAUGGUGGGGCAUGGCUAUCCCUGGGUAUGCAGUUAGCUGUCAUGGUCGGCAUGGCUAUCCCUGGGAAUGCAGUUAGCUGUCAUGGUGGGGCAUGGCUAUCCCUGUCUAUGCAGCUGCCAUAAUGGUGUAUGGCUAUCUCUGGCUAUGCAGCUAGCUGCCAUAAUGGUAUGGCUAUCCCUGGCUAUGCAGUUAGCUGUCAUGGUAGCAUGGCUAUCCCAUGGUGGGGCAUGGCUAUCCCUGGCUAUGCAGUUAGCUGUCAUGGUGGGGCAUGGCUAUCCCUGGGUAUGCAGUUAGCUGUCAUGGUGGGGCAUGGCUAUCCCUGUCUAUGCAGUAAGCUGCCAUAAUGGUGUAUGGCUAUCCCUGGCUAUGCAGCUAGCUGCCAUAAUGGAGUAUGGCUAUCCCUGGCUAUGCAGUUAGCUGUCAUAAUGGAGUAUGGCUAUCCCUCACUAUGCAGUUAGCUGUCAUGGUGGGGCAUGGCUAUCCCUGGAUAUGCAGUUAGCUGUCAUGGUGGGGCAUGGCUAUCCCUGGGUAUGCAGUUAGCUGUAAUGGUCGGGCAUGGCUAUCCCUGGGUAUGCAGUUAGCUGUCAUGGUGGGGCAUGGCUAUCCCUGUCUAUGCAGUAAGCUGCCAUAAUGGUGUAUGGCUAUCCCUGGCUAUGCAGCUAGCUGCCAUAAUGGAGUAUGGCUAUCCCUGGCUAUGCAGCUAGCUGCCAUAAUGGAGUAUGGCUAUCCCUGGCUAUGCAGCUAGCUGCCAUAAUGGAGUAUGGCUAUCCCUGGCUAUGCAGUUAGCUGCCAUAAUGGAGUAUGGCUAUCCCUGGGUAUGCAGUUAGCUGUCAUGGUGGGGCAUGGCUAUCCCUGGCUAUGCAGUUAGCUGUCAUGGUGGGGCAUGGCUAUCCCUGGGUAUGCAGUUAGCUGUCAUGGUGGGGCAUGGCUAUCCCUGGCUAUGCAGUAAGCUGCCAUAAUGGUGUAUUGCUAUCCAUAGGUAUGCAGUGAUCUGUCAUGGUGGGGCAUGACUAUCCCUGGCUAUGCAGUUAGCUGUCAUGGUGGGGCAUGGCUAUCCCUGGGAAUGCAGUUAGCUGUCAUGGUGGGGCAUGGCUAUCCCUGGCUAUGCAGUAAGCUGCCAUAAUGGUGUAUUGCUAUCCAUAGGUAUGCAGUGAUCUGUCAUGGUGGGGCAUGACUAUCCCUGGCUAUGCAGUUAGCUGUCAUGGUGGGGCAUGGCUAUCCUUGGCUAUGCAGUUAGCUGUCAUGGUGGGGCAUGGCUAUCCCUGGCUAUGCAGUUAGCUGUCAUUGUGGGGCAUGACUAUCACUGGCUAUGCAGCUAGCUGCCAUAAUGGUGUAUGGCUAUCCCUGGCUAUGCAGCUAGCUGCCAUAAUGGAGUAUGGCUAUCCCUGGCUAUGCAGUUAGCUGUCAUGGUGGGGCAUGGCUAUCCCUGGGUAUGCAGUUAGCUGUCAUGGUGGGGCAUGGCUAUCCCUGGCUAUGCAGUUAGCUGUCAUGGUGGGGCAUGGCUAUCCCUGGGUAUGCAGUUAGCUGUCAUGGUGGGGCAUGGCUAUCCCUGUCUAUGCAGUUAGCUGCCAUAAUGGUGUAUGGCUAUCCCUGGCUAUGCAGCUAGCUGCCAUAAUGGAGUAUGGCUAUCCCUGGCUAUGCAGUUAGCUGUCAUAAUGGAGUAUGGCUAUCCCUCACUAUGCAGUUAGCUGUCAUGGUGGGGCAUGGCUAUCCCUGGAUAUGCAGUUAGCUGUCAUGGUGGGGCAUGGCUAUCCCUGGGUAUGCAGUUAGCUGUAAUGGUCGGGCAUGGCUAUCCCUGGGAAUGCAGUUAGCUGUCAUGGUGGGGCAUGGCUAUCCCUGUCUAUGCAGUAAGCUGCCAUAAUGGUGUAUGGCUAUCCCUGGCUAUGCAGCUAGCUGCCAUAAUGGAGUAUGGCUAUCCCUGGCUAUGCAGCUAGCUGCCAUAAUGGCUAUCCCUGGCUAUGCAGUUAGGCUAUCCCUGGCUAUGCAGUUAGCUGCCAUAAUGGUGUGUGGCUAUUCCUGGGUAUGCAGUUAGCUGUCAUGGUGGGGCAUGGCUAUCCCUGGCUAUGCAGUUAGCUGUCAUGGUGGGGCAUGGCUAUCCCUGGCUAUGCAGUUAGCUGUCAUGGUGGGGCAUGGCUAUCCCUGGCAAUGCAGUUAGCUGUCAUGGUGGGGCAUGGCUAUCCCUGGCUAUGCAGUUAGCUGUCAUGGUGGGGCAUGGCUAUCCCUGGGAAUGCAGUUAGCUGUCAUGGUGGGGCAUGGCUAUCCCUGGCUAUGCAGUAAGCUGCCAUAAUGGUGUAUUGCUAUCCAUAGGUAUGCAGUGAUCUGUCAUGGUGGGGCAUGACUAUCCCUGGCUAUGCAGUUAGCUGUCAUGGUGGGGCAUGGCUAUCCUUGGCUAUGCAGUUAGCUGUCAUGGUGGGGCAUGGCUAUCCCUGGCUAUGCAGUUAGCUGUCAUUGUGGGGCAUGACUAUCACUGGCUAUGCAGCUAGCUGCCAUAAUGGUGUAUGGCUAUCCCUAGCUAUGCAGUUGUAUGGCUAUUCCUAGGUAUGCCAUUAGCUGUCAUAGGAGGGCAUGGCUAUCCCUAGGUAUGCUGUUACCUGUCAUGGUAGGGGCAUGGCUAUCCCUGGCUAUGCAGUUAGCUGUCAUGGUGGGGCAUGGCUAUCCCUGGCUAUGCAGUUAGCUGUCAUGGUGGGGCAUGGCUAUCCCUGGCUAUGCAGUUAGCUGUCAUGGUGGGGCAUGGCUAUCCCUGGUAUGCAGUUAGCUGUCAUGGUGGGGCAUGGCUAUCCCUGGCUAUGCAGUUAGCUGUCAUAAUGGAGUAUGGCUAUCCCUGGCUAUGCAGUUAGCUGUCAUGGUGGGGCAUGGCUAUCCCUGGGUAUGCAGUUAGCUGUCAUGGUGGGGCAUGGCUAUCCCUGGCUAUGCAGUUAGCUGUCAUGGUGGGGCAUGGCUAUCCCUGGCAAUGCAGUUAGCUGUCAUGGUGGGGCAUGGCUAUCCCUGGCUAUGCAGUUAGCUGUCAUGGUGGGGCAUGGCUAUCCCUGGGAAUGCAGUUAGCUGUCAUGGUGGGGCAUGGCUAUCCCUGGCUAUGCAGUAAGCUGCCAUAAUGGUGUAUUGCUAUCCAUAGGUAUGCAGUGAUCUGUCAUGGUGGGGCAUGACUAUCCCUGGCUAUGCAGUUAGCUGUCAUGGUGGGGCAUGGCUAUCCUUGGCUAUGCAGUUAGCUGUCAUGGUGGGGCAUGGCUAUCCCUGGCUAUGCAGUUAGCUGUCAUUGUGGGGCAUGACUAUCACUGGCUAUGCAGCUAGCUGCCAUAAUGGUGUAUGGCUAUCCCUGGCUAUGCAGCUAGCUGCCAUAAUGGAGUAUGGCUAUCCCUGGCUAUGCAGUUAGCUGUCAUGGUGGGGCAUGGCUAUCCCUGGGUAUGCAGUUAGCUGUCAUGGUGGGGCAUGGCUAUCCCUGGCUAUGCAGUUAGCUGUCAUGGUGGGGCAUGGCUAUCCCUGGGUAUGCAGUUAGCUGUCAUGGUGGGGCAUGGCUAUCCCUGUCUAUGCAGUUAGCUGCCAUAAUGGUGUAUGGCUAUCCCUGGCUAUGCAGCUAGCUGCCAUAAUGGAGUAUGGCUAUCCCUGGCUAUGCAGUUAGCUGUCAUAAUGGAGUAUGGCUAUCCCUCACUAUGCAGUUAGCUGUCAUGGUGGGGCAUGGCUAUCCCUGGAUAUGCAGUUAGCUGUCAUGGUGGGGCAUGGCUAUCCCUGGGUAUGCAGUUAGCUGUAAUGGUCGGGCAUGGCUAUCCCUGGGAAUGCAGUUAGCUGUCAUGGUGGGGCAUGGCUAUCCCUGUCUAUGCAGUAAGCUGCCAUAAUGGUGUAUGGCUAUCCCUGGCUAUGCAGCUAGCUGCCAUAAUGGAGUAUGGCUAUCCCUGGCUAUGCAGCUAGCUGCCAUAAUGGAGUAUGGCUAUCCCUGGCUAUGCAGUUAGCUGCCAUAAUGGAGUAUGGCUAUCCCUGGGUAUGCAAUUAGCUGUCAUGGUGGGGCAUGGCUAUCCCUGGGUAUGCAGUUAGCUGUCAUGGUGGGGCAUGGCUAUCCCUGGCUAUGCAGUUAGCUGUCAUGGUGGGGCAUGGCUAUCCCUGGCUAUGCAGUUAGCUGUCAUGGUGGGGCAUGGCUAUCCCUGGCAAUGCAGUUAGCUGUCAUGGUGGGGCAUGGCUAUCCCUGGCUAUGCAGUUAGCUGUCAUGGUGGGGCAUGGCUAUCCCUGGGAAUGCAGUUAGCUGUCAUGGUGGGGCAUGGCUAUCCCUGGCUAUGCAGUAAGCUGCCAUAAUGGUGUAUUGCUAUCCAUAGGUAUGCAGUGAUCUGUCAUGGUGGGGCAUGACUAUCCCUGGCUAUGCAGUUAGCUGUCAUGGUGGGGCAUGGCUAUCCUUGGCUAUGCAGUUAGCUGUCAUGGUGGGGCAUGGCUAUCCCUGGCUAUGCAGUUAGCUGUCAUUGUGGGGCAUGACUAUCACUGGCUAUGCAGCUAGCUGCCAUAAUGGUGUAUGGCUAUCCCUAGCUAUGCAGUUGUAUGGCUAUUCCUAGGUAUGCCAUUAGCUGUCAUAGGAGGGCAUGGCUAUCCCUAGGUAUGCUGUUACCUGUCAUGGUAGGGGCAUGGCUAUCCCUGGCUAUGCAGUUAUCUGCCAUAAUGCGCUAUGGCUAUGCCUAGGUAUAUUUACCUCUAAUGGUGUAGUACAAGAGUUUAUUUAAUUGCUAUAUUAUCAGUUUGUCACAUGUACCGUAUAUAGGUGAAUUGUCAUCAUUGUCAAAAAAAUUAUUUAAAUCCCUCUAAUAUUAAAUGAAAUAAAGGUUACAUUUUAUUCUAUAAACUUGCAUUUUAUCUCCCGACACUAACACAUUUUCUUAUUGUUCACACAUGGGGUUAUCCGUCAAACUUAGUAACUCAGUUUUUCAAGGUUGAUCUUUAGCUUCACUUGUCUUGUUUGUGCUGGUUUGAAACAUGCUUUUCAACCAAAAAGGUCAGGUGUAGGUAAAUUAUACCAUUGUGCCAAUGGAUAUAAAACUUACAUGUUAUUAGUCCUGGAUUUUUUAUCCAGGUUUCCCCUGUGGGAUAUAUUGUCCUUUUAGCAAUGCCAUAAUGAACAAUGUAUGACUACAUGCCAAUCCUACUGGCAGCACCAUAUAUUUAGUUAAUAAGUCUGUACUGAAUUAAAUCAGAUAUUUAUAUUAAAAUGGUUUAUUUGGCUGCAAUAUGAUCAGUAACAUUGACAGCACUGGGUAUGUUGUCAUAACAGAACCGAUAGACUCUGGACCAUUAUUUUGCAUUUAAAUGGAUUGUUUCAUUAACAGAACGGGGGAUCAACAAAAUACAACUAUUCUCUAUAGCUGCACAGAAGUUAACAUUACUAUUUUACUCUUGUUAUUUCAUAUAUAUAUAUAUAUAUAUAUAUAUAUAAAAAAUUUAUGUACAUAAUUUUGGUUAAUAAAGUGCACUAAAAUAGAGAGACCAAUAUUCUUUAAAACAGAAGCAGUAUAUUUAAUUUAGCACCUAACAUACACACAUGAUUGCAAGUGUCAGGGGUUAAUUGAAGAAAGGGGGAAUUCUUGUAUUUUUACAUGUUUAGUAUCCAAACAAACAGAAGGCAUGCUUAUUUUUCAAAAAAUUUUCUGUUUGUUUUUCUGCAGAUAUAAUCCGGAAUAUCCGGGACCCAGAAAAGCCUAACACACUGGAGGACUUGGAAGUAGUGUCGGAGACCUGUGUGUCUGUGCAGGAACUUGAUGAUGAAUGCUUUCUGGUGAUCAUCAGGUUCACACCCACAGUGCCACAUUGCUCCCUGGCCACACUGAUCGGUAUGGAGUGUGUUUGUAUCCCUGUGCAUUGUGUGUGACCGCAUCUGUCAAACAUUUACUGCCAGCUAGUACCCUAAUAUCCAUUUAUUUUCAUAAAGUACCUCUACUAAAAAUACCAGCUAUUAAAGGAACAUCUCUAACGUUAGGAGUGUGUGUUUCUAAUGUUGGAGUGAUACAGGGUGAUUUUGAUAUCUGUGCACCCACUCCCAGAAAAAGCCCCAACAAAAAUACAGAUGAUCUCAAUCAAUCCAUUUCUUCUUGCAUGUGUGCAUAUGCAGUAAUCAGCAUUUCCUGCUAGAAAUUCAUUAAGUCAAGGCUUCUCUAAGGGGAUGUAGACACUGAAUGUCAGUCUUGCAAUCUUUCAGGACCUAAUAAACAGCUUUUUUCCCCCCUCAAAUAGAUGAGGCAGUGUUUAGACUGAUAAGCCUGCAGGAACACUGUCUUUGCCCCCAAACCCCUACAUUAAGCUGUGGUGGUUCUGGUGCCAAGAGUUUCCCUUUAAAUAUCAUUCAUGUCCUUGGGCAGUGAUGAUUAACCUGUAGAACAUUGUGUCUUGUUUAUUAGACUCCCAUGAAUAUUAGGCAGGCAAAGGAGGUAGACAUAAUCUGCCAAUGGUGAAGAACUACAUUUAAGCUGUCAUUUUGUGUUGAAUUUAUUUUCUCCUGCUCUAUUAAUUACUCGAGACAGAGAGCCUGCGGCUGCCUCCUGUGUGAGCUUAAAGAUUUAGCAUUCUAUGUAAGAUUAAAGCAAGAGAUAAGAACUUCUAAAGUAGACACACUAUGCUGUUAGAUCUAUUGGGAAGAAAAUUACUCUUUUUUUCAUAUAAGCUGUGUGUAAGUCACAGCCGGGGAGGUGUGGUUAGGGCUGCAUAAACCAUAAACAACAUAUUCUGGUGCUUAGAGUAUCAUUUUAAAGUUAGGCUCUCCUGUUCUAUUUUAACAUUUUUUUGUUAGGGUUAGAAUUAAUAGAUUAAAGGUUAGGGAAUAAAGGGACACUCUUUCUUUACUUGAACAAUGUAAAAUAUUGCUGUUUCUGGGAAAGGGCAAUGUCUACAUUUGUCUGAGAACAUGCUUGGAAUCUAUUUAAGUCAGAUAGUGAUAUUAUGUUACUAUUUAAAAUGACCACACUGAAUAAAAAAAAUCAGCUAUGUUUAAUGUUAAGCUAUUUUGUUCUAAAAUUCUCAAUUCCUGACAAACUUUACUGAAUAGCCCCCUUUCAGUUGAAUUUUUUUUAAAAUCUUUGUGUAUUUGAAUAACAGGUUUUUAUGCAACAAUUGAUUUGAAGCCAAAUUUCCAGACCAAACUGAAUUUUAAGAAAUGUCUUAUUUCAGACAUGGAACUGGAGUGUCAGUAAACAGGAAUGUCCAACAGUUAGGCCUCUUUAAUUUGGACACAUUAUCUGUGAGGGCAAACAAACAGUGCAAAUAAAACAGAAAUUCCACAAUUAACAUCAGAUGUUCAUUUCUGAAGAGAACAAGCUGUUGUGCUGGUGUUUCCUAUUUGGCUUAUUGGGUUACUGGCUGUGGAUUCAUUUAGUACAAUUGAACCUUGCCCUCCAUUUCUAACAGAUGUGUGUUCUUUGUUGUCAUGUCCACCGACACCGUUUUUGUGCAAAGAGUCUUAGAAUUCAAGCUCCUUCGUUUCAACUCCUUAUAGCGACUGUCAUGUCAUGUUCUUCUUUUCUUACGGUCUGAUCUACUUGUUGCAAAAUACAUAAGAGAAAGUAGGGAUCACUUUGUCAUAUGUAUUUUUACUACACUUGACAAAGAGUGGAUCUUAAAAGCUCCACUUCCUUUUUCAAGUAUAAUUUAUCCACUAUACUAACCUCCAGUCUUAACCCUUGCCUUUUUUCUCGCAAUGCUCUCUCCUCGCCAUAUAACUUGACUGAUCAGUGCGCAAGCAUGAGAAUUUCAUGGUGGCCCAGACUGUGGGCAAACAAGGGCAGAGACAAUCUGCCAGGAUCCUGAAAAUGGCAGCACAUAGGCAUGUGUUUUAUCAGAUACUUGAAAUUAGCAGGGUAUUCCUUGAGUUCUGUUUAUUGAUACUCUGGUUGGGAUCUUUUUAUUAACAUUGAACAGCUGUUUAGCUGUAUUACAAAAACAGCAUGAAAAAAGACAAAGCAGUAGACAUGAUUGAGUUCCCUGAAUUGUUUAAAUUAAACAUUAAUAUAGCUGAGUUUUAACUCCCAUUGAUGUAAAUAAUUAAUUACACGUACAGGAGUUUCCUUGAUCCUGCAUCUGUUACUUGGUUGUAUUACCUUGACUUUGAUGUCAGCCCUGGGAUUUGGACAAAAAGCUGGAUUUCUAAAUAUUCAAACAUCUUAAACUUCAGAAUAAUGAGUGAUGAAGCAUUAUCACUUCACACCAUAAUAUGAUUAAUUUAGAAGCUAAAGAAACGUUAGAAACCAUACUUAAUGUGAAAUGAUAAAAUGUCAAUGACAGAGAUCUCAACUUGGAAAAGCACAGGCAGAACCGAGUCUAUCAGGAAAAGACACAGGUAGAUGUACACAAUUAUUUACUAAAGUGUGAAUUGUCACAAUGUGUUUUCAAGUUUGGCUAUUUUGACCUUAAAAUCUGAAAUUCGCUAUUAGUUCCCUCUGUGUUCCUAAGUCAGCUAUGCAUCCUGUCUAUUUAAUUACAAUUAUGUAUAUAGUGCCACCAAAUUGUGCAGCUCUCUACAAAAGGUAAACUGAAACAAACAAUUCUAACAAAACAAGUUUGAUUAACAAUAGUUGAGGAUGGCCACGCCCCAAACAAGCUUACAAUCUAAAAGGAUGAGAGGCAAGUACACUGAGGGAAGUAAGGGAAUCAAAUGGUCUGGAAAUAAUGGAAGGGUUGUUUGGGAGGAGAGAGCUCAGUAGAUGGGAGAAGGCAGAGGAAAGUUGUCAGGAUUAAGAGUUAAGGAGUGGGCUCAUUGGCUUCUCUAAAAAAAAAAAAAAAGUGUAUUAUUAAGAAAAUGUUGAACUAUAGAACUUUAGAGACAGGGAGAGUAGAAUGUGGCAUGGGAGGGCAUACCCCAGUUAUGGAGUGCAUUGGAAUGUAAGCAAGUAUUGUGAAUCCUGAAUGAAACCAAAGCCAGUGUAGAUACUGACAGAGGGGUGAGUUCUCACUUUAAUCAGUAAUUCUGGUCCCAGACAAUGAAUGCUGUGACUGGUUCAGACUUUUGGGCAAGCACGAAGAUUUUAUUUAAAUUGCAGUAGUUGGACAGUUAGCCUUAAUAGUCUUAAAGGACAACGGUCACCUCAAAUAUGUUUUUUUUUUAAAUAUAUAUUAAUCCUUUUAUGAGGUAUUGAAAAAAAAAUAACUCCUUUAAUAUAUGAUGGCAUCCUGGUUGGAGGGUGUUUUCUCUGCUUCCCUCACUGCAUAGUAGCAGGAAAGACCAUAGCGACACUGUCUUCAAACACUGUUUGACCCAAGGUGUAUGUAUAUGGCUGAAUGAUCCCGUCAUAUACUAAAGGUAGGGAUGAGUUCUUUUCAUAUUUUUUUUUUUUUUAACAAAAUGAUUACUUUUUAAUACGUGAUGAAAGGAUUAUUGUAUUAAAAAUAUUUAUUAUCAUAGUGGUCCUUGGAGCUGAAACAUCCUUUUCAUUCAGCACUGGGUCAGGCUCCUCCUCCGCCAACACAUGUGCUUGCAAUUAGGACUACUCCAUAGGAAAGCAUUGUUCAAUACUUUUCUAUAGGGUAUUAGCGAACACUCAUGCAGACCAAAAGUCGCCUAACCAGCCAGAAGUCCCUCUAGUGGCUGUCUGGUAGACUGCCACUAUAAGUGGAGUUAACCCUGCAAGGUAAUUAUUGCAGUCUAUCAAUAACUGCAAUAAUUACAAUUGCAGGGUAAAGGGGACUUGGACAGUGCACCCAGACCACUUCAAUGAGCUAAAGUGGUGUGGGUGCCUAUAGUGUCCCUUUAACUCCCUGUCAAUCAUUGUUAUAAGCUCUGUCCUUUACAUCUGUUUAUCCUCCUCAAAGCAAUGGUAGUGGGACAAGAUACAUUUUCUUACUUUAAUUUGUAAUGUCAUUUUGCAUGGAAGUGCUUCUAAAGCAUUAUAGUUGUAUAAUCGGUUUUAUACAUAUAAUCUGGAGUGAAUAUCUCUUCUGCCUACUGUUGCCUGAUUGAUCUUUUCAUGUACACGUGUACUGCAUUGUAUACAUAAACCUGAAUAGCUAGAUUUAGAAAGAGCAUUUACCGAUAUUACUGACGAAAGUCCUGAGAUGGACAAAUGCUCGUAACAUCCGGGAAAAAUACACAAAUGUAUGCUGCAUUUGUCUGGUGAAUGUUUGACAAACAUUCCAAGGUUAGUUUGGAAAGUUCAAUGGAAAUUCCAUUACAUGCUCUUGGACAACUGUACAAGAAUGUUUGAUUGUUUGCCAUGCACUCCUCAAAAUAAUGCAGCAUAUAAGUGUCUUUUGCACAUGUUACUAUAUAUUCGCCAAUCUCUGGUCAAGAUAAAAACCUACAUUUGAGAUAUAUUUUACUAUUACAUAUUUGUAUUUUGGAAUAGUAGACACAGGAUAGGGCUAUAGAUGAGUACUUGGGAGUGUGUAAAAUGCAUCACCCUGUGAACGCUAUGUUCCACAUUCUUGGGGGGGCAUACACACCUGGAUAGGUUGGGGGAGUGUCUUAACCCACUAAAUAUUUCAUUAUCGUUUAUUCUAGUGAUAAACGUAUAACAACCCUCCCAUGUUGUAUGUCCUCAUGGACCAAGUUAAUCUUAUUCUAUCUUUCCCUAUUUAUAUGGAACAUAAUGUUGAUUUACUUUAUAAUAUUCGUUCACCUGGCAACCAUUCUUUUGUCUGAAUACAAUGCACAUUUACCUUUUUAGCUCAUUGCCUUUAGAUUGUAAACCUGUUUGAGCCAGGCUCUUAUCUCUUAUUUCAUUGAUUUGUCACAAUUAUUCAUAUGUUGUGAUGACUCGUACAUUGCAGCAGGACCUGCCUCUUUAUAAAUGGCAGUAAUGAAAGUGUUAGUUGACAAAUUAGGAUGAUAAGCACUGAUGUUUGCCUUUUAGUGCCUGUUUAUUGGUAUAUUCUGCAGCAUUGGUUGUGUGCGUUUUCUUAACUUCAGUUAACAAAAACAAUCAGUUGGCAGUUUUCUAUUUGUUUGGUAGGGUUUGGGUUUGUCGCAGUAUUUCUUCUAUGUGUGUAAAUAUUAUGAGGUUUCUGAAGUGGUUUUGUGACCUAAAGCUGCCGUUUCAAUUUGCAGGUUUUUGGGGGUUUUUUUGUUGUUGUUUUUUUUGUACCUCUAUCCCCUUGUUUUUGUUUUAAUUCACCUUUGUUUUUUAGUUAGUAGGCAGUACACUCCACUACGCUAAACAACCAGAAAUUAAAAAGACUGGUGUUCCGCUUGACAGCCAGUGGGUGUAGCAAAGUUAAUUUAUAAAAGGGAUCUGAAGUGUUCCUUUUAGCAAAGUUCCAUUUCAGUUGUUAAGCUAACUUACCCACAAUCCAUCAGUCAAUUAAUCCCACAGAAGGGCAAAUUGCAGACAUCAUGGACAAAGGGUAACAAAAUGGUAGUCUGGAUAUAAAAAAUAAAAAUAAAAAAAUAUUUUUUGAAUGGGGACAAAAGGCAAGGGGGAGUAUAAUGAUUAAAGAGACACUGCAGGUACUAUAAUCAUUUCACCUCAUUAAAUUGGUUAUGGUGCCCGGAGUCCCCUGGUAGCCCUGCCAUUCAGAUUUAAACCAUUUUCAAGCAGUUUAAAGGGAUCCAUCAGAGCCAGCACCACAUUAGCUUUACAAAGGUGGUGAUACACUUCUGUAACACACACACAGGGCACCCUCACUCCUCCUGUGAUCUUCAUUUAUUUGUCCUGCUUGUUGAUACUUCCCUAAGCAAGGCAAACCCCCUGUGCGAUGCAGCCAUGCUGGCUUCAUUGCCAAUAUGCCAGUGCUGGAAUGGAGUGACGUUGGUGACUCCGUACCUAUACUCCCUAGCCAUGCCAGUUUGGGAGUUACAUGUUUGUGGGAGGUCUCUUCUGCUCUCCCUGUCAGUCUAUUCCAGAGAAUUGAUUGACAGGUGGGAGAACGACCUAGUUCCCCCCCCCCAUCUAUAUGCUCUUUUUAAAAAGCCAUACGUUUACCACUGAAUGACGGUCUCUGGCCGCCCAGAUCCCGUCCCCUACUGGAGUGGUUAUUACACUCUUCCUUACCCAUACCAAAUCAUACCAGCAAUAGGCACCUGUGAUAGGCUGAAAGCAGUCAGCUGAUGCUCUCGGCCAAUCACAGCCACCCAUUGCUGCUCAGGCUAAUGCUUCCUUACUAGUUCAAGUAGCAAAGAGCUGAUGGGGCUUCUGGGGACUCUCAAAUUAACAUUAAUCUAUUAAAAAUGGCUCAACACUGAAUGGAAGGACGAUGUCGGGGGACUUCAUAUCAUAACAACUUAAUUUAGAUGACAUGGUUACAGUGCCUAGAACAAGGGGUAAGCAACCAUUGUUGACUAAAUCUCCCAUGAUGUUUUGCGAGCAUUGUGUCCGUAAGAGCAUUAUGGGAGAUGUAGUCCACAACAUCUGGUGUGCUUAAGGUUGCCUACCCAUGCCCUAGAGUGUCCCUUUAAGAUACAAGGAAUAACUUUAAUCACAUGCAGGUAGCUCCUGUAUGGUAUAAAUGGCUAUUAACAGAGCAGGAGAUAAUACCUUCUAGAUUAAACAGACUGUGCAAUAAAGGAACUUAAAAAGAGUUAGAUUAUUUUUCGGGAAGUGUUUAGGUUACACAAGUGACAUGCAAGGAGAAGUGACUAGGGAUGUAUAAACAAAGUGAUUUAACUCCUAAAUGGCAGAGAAUUGAGCAGUGAGACUGCAGGUGCAUGACCUAUACACCAAAACUGCUUCAAUAAGCUAAAGUUGUUUUGGUGACUUUAAUUUAUUGCAAAAACUCUUAUAGAGGACCUGAUUUAGAGGCCAUUGGCCGAUUAUGAAAGGUAUGGACUCUGUGACUAGAAAAGUAAUUGUUUACAUAAGAACACGUUCCAUUAUUAAAGUGGCUAACAGAGCUUUGUAAAAACAUUAAUACUUAUAUUCAGAUCUAAAGAAACUCAAGUCCAUUCACAGGAACAUUACAUGUGUUGAUGAAAGCCAGCGGGCAGCUCCCUAAAACGCAUUUCAUGAGCAGAUGUUUGCUUUCCCCCCACUGUAAAGUCACUGAGAGGCAGGCAUUGCUACUACUGGAAAUACAAGAUGUUUGGCAUUUCAGAAAGAAUGCCUUCAUUACACAAUUUUCAGCACUUCCCUUUUCAAUAUAAUCUCUCUUCUGGCUCCUUAUUUUCCAUGCCACCAGCUUAAUGUGGGAGUUGAAAGGUACUGGAUGGAGAGGAAGCGUUUCUAGCCAUAAAGUUGUCAUAUCAUAUUGCACUGUAUUAAUGCAGAUGGUUUUACAAUGACUUACCUUUUUAUAUAAACCGUUCUAAUAUACAGAUGGCUUAGACAGAGCUUGGUUACUUUAGAAUUCUCAGACAUCAACCUUUUUCUUUUUCCCUUUUUUUAUGCUUUUAGUUGAGUGUUUUUUUUUCCAUAUUGAACAUGAGCUGUCUUGGAAAUUAUGGUAACUCCUACAUCCGUGUUUCAUUGUUUAGAAGUCUGUAAAACCAGAUUAGUGUCUCCAGUCUGCUAAAUCUCACUAUCUCUUCUGCAUCUGCCUAGAUACUUUUCCAUGCAUCGCCCACUCCUUCUGUAAUGUGAUUUCCAACCGGCAGAAUAAGACACUCACGUUUGUCUUCAAAGCUGAGUGCCAAUUUUCUGUAUGGCUUUUUUUAUAUAUAGAUAUAUUUCCAUUCUAGUAGUUAGUUUUUAUUUUUAUUGAAAUCUCUUUACAGUAUAAUAAUAUACAACUUGUACAGCAACUGUCAUUACACACAAUGAUAACAUGAUAUACAGUACAAAUGUUAUAUACAAAAUUAAAACUCCACAGUAAUAUAAUAACAGGGCUAUUUACUAAAGUGAAUUUCAAAUGUUAGGUCAAAAUAUCCAAAUUUGAGGGGGAGGGGGGGGGAGGGGGGGGCACUGCUUCCAGAUUGGCUACUUUGGCCUGAAACUUUAAAUUCACUUUUUUAGUGAAUAGCCCCAUAAGAGUUAUUUUUUGGGACAGGUCAGAGUUAAAGACUAAUUCUGCAAGGUGACUUUUUAACCUUUGUAAUCCCUGCUAUUGUAGAGAUAGAAUAUGUGUAGGGAAGCUCAGUGGUAAGAACUACUAUAAAAAGAAUAUUGUAAGAAAAAAUGAUUUGGCUUCUGUGGAGAUAUGCCAAUAUCAAUGUCACAAAUGUUAUGGUUCAUAAACAGUUGAGAGGAGUUAUGUCCGAUACACAGAUUGCACUUGUAAAUUUAUAUACUUAAUGGAGCAGUAAAAUAUGGUCAACAACCUGAUGGGGGCGUGUCCCACCCCUAUUGGCUCUCUGUAUCUACAUAAUGCAUUAUUUACCAUCUCCAAGGGGAGUCUGUCUAGUAUUUCCUUCUAUCGAGGGAUAAGGCAGUGUAGCAAUCUAGUACCAUAAGUACUUUCACCACUGGUAGAAAACAAACGUCCUUGUACUACCACUCUAUCAGUUACAAGACUUCUUUUGGAAUAUACAAUCUCUAGUUCUGGCUGCUAAACAGAUCUAAGAAAUUAAGAGCCACUAAAAUGUAAUUUUUCUAAGUUAUUAUCAGGUAAAUUUCAGCUUUUUAACAUGGAAAUAUUAAUAUGAACACAUGUUUAUAAAGAUAUUUGUUUUUAGAUGAUUUGUUUUUGGAAAUGUAUAAACUUGUUUUUUGCAAAAGCAAUGGAUUUUGUUUGUAAUAUUAUUGUUUUUGUUGUGUGGCUCGGGCAUUACCUGUAAGAAGGCAACAGCUAUUACAGUGUUUUUAUUGACUCUUGUUUUAUUUUUUUAUUUUUUUGCCACCCUUCAUAUAGUGUCCUCUGUUCUCUGCAGGUCUGUGUUUGCGGAUCAAGCUGCAGCGCUGCCUGUCAUUCAAACACAAGGUGAGGUCUGUCUCUUUGUGAACUUGAAGUCUAAUGUCCAGGGUACUCACUGAUAAAUUGACUUCAGUCAUUCCAGGCACCAUUCCAUAUAAUAAUUCUGUUCAUUGUUGCAUAACAAAUCCUUGCCAUUGAUUUUGUAUCAUGUACGCCAUCUGUUGGCGUUAAUCUGUGAACAAAAGCUUUAAGGUCUAGUUUUCUGCACUGCUAAAUGAGGCCCAGGAUUCCUUGUACAGAUAUUCUCUUAGGGAAAGUUUCUCGGCUUUUCUGUAACUAAAAUGCAAUAAAAUCAUUGGGAUAGAAUAGUGUUAGGGCACUUAUAAUUGUAGUGAAAUAUUCAAUGUAAGGGGAUAACUGCAGCCCCAUAUCCCUACAAUAGAACACUUCCUUUCUUAUGAUUCUUUACUGCACCAGGAACAAGGCUGACAACGCUCCAAACCAUUUAGCGGCUUUUGUCAAGCCUGAACUCUGUCGGUCGAAAUAUUGCUCACAUAUUUGCUGCUUGUAAAUUUAAUAAGUAAAAUAAGAGUACACAAGAACUAGGCCAGAGUUCUGAUAUUAAAAAGCAAGAGUGAAACAAAACCAAUACUGGUAUAUACACUUUACAGAUUUUUAGAACUUGCGGUCAAGAGCCUCUACAGCUGGCUCCCUACACACAGUCUCCACUAGGUGGCAUAGUGACUGCACAGUAACACUGUGAUGGAAAUUCAAGGGUCUUUGUGGAACUCUAUCAAGCCUUCCCACAGAGGUAUUAUUUAACCUGCUAACUGCUGAUGGGUUCACCACUUUGCAGAGGAAUUAAUGACAAAUCCUGGUUUCACACACCCACUGUUUGGCUCCAUAGCCCAGACUGCAGAGAGGUUUGGCAUAUCCCUCACAUUCCACACUCUGUCAGACACUCUGGUCAAGUUCUAACCAGUGUUUACUCAGGAUUCCCAUGGAAAAAGUGUGUGUCAUAGCUCCCUUGCAAACAAAUAGCGCAGUACAAUGAUCCACACCUAUACCUGCCAAAUUAUCUUGGCAUCUAUUUGCCUUAUUGUCCUGCAGAACGUGAGGUUCAUAUCCUUUUGUUUUUGCAGCUGGAGAUCUACAUAUCCGAAGGGACCCACUCAACUGAAGAGGACAGUAAGUCACUGCUAACACUGUUAAAAGUGUAGUUGGUACAAGAAACAGCUUGGUGGAGGGGAGGUGGAAAACUACAAGGCAGGUGGAUAUGAGAAGGGUUGUUAAAUUAUAGCUACACAGAUCUAUCACAGGCAAUAAAAUAAUGCUGGUUUAUAUAUGUGGGACACACUCUAGAUUGCAAGUAACUUUUUUUUUUUUUUAAAGUUAAUAAACAGAUCAACGAUAAAGAACGUGUAUCUGCGGCCAUGGAGAACCCAAGUCUACGAGAGAUUGUGGAACAGUGUGUUACAGAGCCAGACUAGGCCAGAGCCUGAAUAGAGCAAACACAGAGAGGCCAUGCACUGUGAACUGUGUGGGUGCAAAAGAUCAGUAACUGAUCUACCAGUUGUAUAAAACAUGGGACACAUCAAAGAGUUUCCACCGUAAGCUCAGGAUGGAUUCACAAGCCUGUUAACCAGCUCCUGGGAAAAUGAAGCAAGGGUGCCUUGACAUCGAUAUAGAAUAUAUUAAUGCUCUGGGAACAGUGCCAAUUUCAUGUGGAUCCUAUGGUUUGACUUUUUGUGCAGUUCUCAAUGGAUACCACUUAGAAGCCCCCAGCACAACUCUGGAGUUAUUUACAUGACAAAUGUUGGCAGCUGGGUUUUAGCUUGUUUUAUGCAAAUCUGCACAGACAAGAUUAAUAAAUAAAUCAUAUUUUAUACAAUAUCAAAGAAGAUUGUGAUAAUGUGUCCAUUCCUAUGUAGUUAUGGGUAAAAUGUGGACAUUUCAUGCAGUUCGAUAGCUCCUAAAGGAGAAUGCAGCCAAUAGGUUGUGAAUUCACAUUUGGAAAAAGGGAAUAGUGUAUUUAACAAGUGAUGUGUGACAUGACCCAUGUUGAUCUCUGACACAAUCUAAACAAAGGUGCUGAUCUGGAGCUUCAGGACUCCUAGAAAACCAAUGCCUUUUUUUGGGGCAAUGAUAGCAGAGAAAAUAUAAAAGGCGACUUACGGGGUUUAUUUUCUAAGCUAGUGGUUUUUAACCAGUGGGUAUAGCACACAAAGCAUGCAAAAAACAAACUGACUUUUAAAGCUUCGAUAGGUUAAAUGCUGUUGUUAAAGUGUUUUUUAAUAGGUGUCAGCAUUAAAAAUUAUGGAUUCUGCUGAUGAAGGGAAACAUGAAAAAUACGUGUGCCUUGCAUAUGUUUAUCUCAUUUCCAAGGCACACUUGGAAUUAAGCCGUAACCUUUUUUUUAUUUUAUUAUUAUUAUUAUUUUAUUAUAAUGCAUUACACCAAAAUAGACAAAUUGAGAAUGUUUGAGAGCUAUUUUGAAUCUUCAACAGGCUCUUUUUACACAAAAUUUGAAAUUCCUGUGUCACUUUUUGUUUUGUGAAUAACCCUGCUAAUUUCUCAUCGAUCACAUAAGCAAUUUCCUUCCCUUUUGUUCCAUAUUUUCUCUGCCAGUGACCUUCGUCUGUCUUCUGUUCGCACCUGUACUACUAAUUGUAUCAGGAUUUUUCUCAUGGAACAGCUUGCCUACUUCCCAUCAGACAUUCCUCUAGUCUUCAAUCCUUUAAGAAGUCCUUUAGAAAACUUUUAUCAAGCCUAUAGCCUGCCUGGAUAAUGUUCAUCUCGAUCUGCCCUAUUUACUAUAUUGUUAGUGGGUCCACAGUCCUACCUUCCAGCUUUCCUGCGCAACUUGUAGGUUAUCGCACAUGUUGAUCUUC